UAUUUAUCUAACAGAUGGCUUGUUGACAUGUGUCGAGUACUGCUCUGUGUAACACUGAACUUUACUGACAAAUCCGUGCCUUUAUGGAACUCGGCUCUGGUGGAGAGAAACCUUGAACACUGAACUAACGUGACAAGAAUGAAGGGGGAGGGUAAAGUGAUAAUGAGUGACACUGGUAAUGGUGCCAUUUUUGAUGGGGUGGUCAAAUGCAGCCUCUUGAGAAGCACUCUGGAGGCCAGUGAUUUCAACACUCAGCAACAUUUAUCAAGUCCUCACCAUGUAUGAUAUUCUGUGCCUGAUGCUAUGAAUUGAACCUGAAGUAAACCUUAUAAUUUAAUGGUGGAGUCAGGAUAAUCAAAUGAGAAAAAUACCUGAUGUUCAGUAUAAUUAAACUUUAUAAGGACAAGUGGACCAGUGCCAAGACAGUGAAGUAACUAUGUGUCACCACUAAUCGUAAGCAGUUCAGAGCGCUAUCUGCUUGAAUACGCACUCCUCCCGGUGUCUUCAGGGGAAAGAAAGAUGGACCAACCUAGUGGGAGAAGUUUUAUGCAAGUGUUAUGUGAAAAAUACAGUCCUGAAAACUUUCCUUACCGCCGUGGCCCUGGGAUAGGCGUUCAUGUCCCAGCCACACCUCAGGGCUCUCCUAUGAAAGAUCGCCUCAACCUCCCAAGUGUACUAGUGUUGAACAGCUGUGGGAUUACCUGUGCAGGAGAUGAGAGAGAAAUUGCUGCCUUCUGUGCUCAUGUGUCGGAACUCGACCUUUCUGACAACAAACUCGAAGACUGGCAUGAGACACCCGAUUGCCAUUCAUGCUCUUUUCACACUGCACAAAUGCGGAAAGGACUACCUCGUUUAUCCUCCUCCUCCUUGCUGGUGCUCCUCAGUCCUGCGACGGAAGCUCUGGUCAGUAAAAUUGUGUCAAAUGUUCCUCAGUUGGAGUUUCUAAACCUGAGUUCCAACCCUCUGAAUUUGUCAGUUUUAGAAAGAACAUGUGCUGGAUCCUUCUCUGGGGUUCGCAAACUUGUCCUCAACAACAGCAAAGCUUCAUGGGAGACGGUCCACACAAUACUACAGGAGUUACCAGAUUUGGAGGAGCUCUUCCUGUGCCUUAAUGACUAUCAAACAGUGUCUUGUCCUUCUACUUGCUGUCAUUCUCUUAAGCUCCUACACAUAACAGACAAUAACCUCCAAGACUGGACUGAAAUACGAAAGUUAGGAGUUAUGUUUCCUUCACUGGACACCCUUGUCCUGGCCAACAAUCAUUUAAAUGCUAUUGAGGAGCCUAAUGAUUCACUGGCCAGGUUAUUUCCUAAUCUGCGAUCCAUCAGCCUCCACAAGUCAGGUUUGCAAUCCUGGGAAGACAUUGACAAACUAAACUCAUUCCCCAAACUUGAAGAAGUGAGAUUGUUAGGAAUUCCUCUUCUGCAGCCAUAUACCACUGAGGAGCGAAGGAAAUUGGUAAUAGCCAGAUUGCCAUCAGUUUCCAAACUUAAUGGCAGUGUUGUUACCGAUGGUGAACGAGAAGAUUCUGAGAGAUUUUUUAUUCGUUACUAUGUAGAUGUUCCACAGGAAGAAGUGCCAUUCAGGUAUCAUGAACUGAUCACAAAAUAUGGGAAAUUGGAGCCUUUGGCAGAAGUGGACCUAAGACCCCAGAGCAGUGCGAAAGUAGAAGUCCACUUUAAUGACCAAGUGGAGGAAAUGAGCAUUCGACUGGACCAAACAGUUGCAGAACUAAAGAAACAAUUAAAAACUCUUGUGCAGUUGCCUACAAGCAACAUGCUGCUCUACUACUUGGACCAUGAAGCACCUUUUGGCCCAGAAGAAAUGAAGUACAGCUCUCGGGCAUUGCACUCCUUUGGCAUUAGGGAUGGAGAUAAAAUUUAUGUAGAGUCCAAAACAAAAUAACCUCUACCAGCCUUGUGAAUGCACAUGGGCUUUUGCAGGGCACUCAUUUCAAUGUGGUUUUCUUUAGGAGGGAGAAGGUUGUUUUCAUUUGUUUUGUUUCGCUUUGGGACAGAUUUUGUAUAUUUUCUUUCCCCUAGAAUGGGUAGGGGGCUGGUUUUGGUAUUUUCUACCAGAGAUUUCUUUGGCUCAGACAGCAGAAUUGGCCACAUCUCCAGUCCACGUGCCCUCAUGAAAGAUGACAGUGUCAUCACUGACUUCUUACUGUGCUCACCGGGGUUAUCAGUACUGCUAGGGGUCCUUGUGAAGAUGGUGUGAAUAGCGUCCCCCUUGGAAGGGUGGCUUGCAGCGUUUACAUCAGUAGACAAGGUGUCUUCUCAGGAAGGGCCAGCACUUCUGUUGCGUGGUUCUUUCCUUCCCUCUCCCUCUUUUCCUUUCUGGUUCACUUUAGCUUGUGUCAGUACAUGCUUAUUUAAUGGUUAGAUUCUGUUCAUAAUUAACUUCUUUUUUCUCAGUUUGAGUGAUUUUUUUUCUCAUUUCUCCCUUUUGAAAUAAUUUUGAGUGUGUUAAGCAUUUUUCACCUGAUUCUGAUCUCAGGUACUCAGUAAGAACGUAUAACUCUGUUAGGAUCUUGAGAAGGAUAAAUGGAGUGUUAGAACUCCAGGAAAACUUGCUGUUAUUCCAGAAGCAUGGGCAGAGCAGUCUGGUCUGUGUGCUACUAUCUCACUUUAAUGUCCCUUGUAUAUCAUGUCAGCCAUCACUUCUGCAACAUGAAAUAUGUCAGGCUCCAGAGUUCUUUUACCUGUGCUUAUUGAAUGUAUUUCCUCACAUCUUUCUUUUUCAUUACUUAAGCUAUUGGAAAUAGAAGCCUGACUAUAUGAGGAAUCCAAUAGAAUACAUGCCAGCAGAGCAGAGAGUCUGCUAAUAAACUGCCUGUGGUAUGUGAGGAAAUGAGGGGGGACCUCGGGAGAACCUGAAGCCCCUGCUCUUGUACUUUGCAUUAAAAGUGGGAAAUUUUCAUCAAAGGGAGCUUUGAUUCCUAGUUCUACAAGCUUUUGUGAUGUCAUAAAUAGUUUGUUUUAUUUUCCAUUUCAAUUCAGUUGCCCCUAAAGAGAAACAACUGCCUAAUCUACAAGUGAAACUUAAUUGUCAAAACUCCCUAAUUGCCUCCAAGUCAUAUUUUUCACAGAAGCACAUGCAAGCACUUCUUCAAAAGCUCAUCCCUUACCUACUCUGAAAUCUUUGCUCUUGCAUUCCUUUAUUAGUCAGAUGUAACCCCUUUCUUUAACAUAUAUCUUUCAUAGUCCACUGUGUUUACGAGUGGGAGACCUGAGAAAUACUUAGCUUAAGUAGGGCGGGAAGUAGGUGGUUAAAGUAUUUUUCUAAGAAUGCAAUUAUUAUCUGGUUGCGUUUGACCUUUUGACCUUUGUUACCUGAUUACACCCCUCCUACAAGUUUUAUUUCUUAAGAAAUUUUUAGAUGACUUGUAAAUCCUUUGAGUGUGGGAAUUGUGUUUUUAUGGCUAUAUUUUAAAUUUUCCUGUGCCACGGUGGCAGGUGUUUAUUCUCUUGAAACACUUCAGGUACAGUAGCUGUAACGCCUUUGACUCAGGCCUGCUGAGGCAAAUCUGCAUUCACUGUAACACUAACGGUGGAAACCAAAGGGUUUGAGAAAGACGAAUGAGGCCUGUUCUCCUUCUGCUGCAGACUAUAUCUUUCAUCCAGGCUGGGUAUAGACAAAAACAAUUAUUUUACAGUCACAUUUGGUGGAUUUUAGAAAUAGGGAAAAAGUGUGGCAACAGUCUCAUAAAAGAUUAAAACUGUGGGUGCUUUGUGUAUGUGUGCACGAGUGCAGAGGAGUUUGGGAGAGAAACAGUAAUUGAGCCUGUUGCUUUUGUCAGCCUGGAAACAGAUUGACUUAUUUUUUAAAGUUGUACGACCCCCGCUGUCCCACAGCAGAAGGCAGAGUGAACACUUAUGCUUUAAUCAUAAGUGGAAUUGUCACAAUAAGAUAUUUUAUAUAUGACAAAGUUUUAUGAAAUGCUUUUUUACUAUUAGAGAUCUUCUGUUAUUACAGAACACAGUGUUUAUCAACUGCAGGCAUAAUUCUUUUAUUAUACAGUUGCAUGUAAAGGGAAUUUCUCAUCUAAAUCAGCUGAAGUGGGUAUUUUUAGGGCAUUGUAAUUGAUGGUUUUAAUAAUUGCUGAAUAAUUUUUGAUUAAGAAAAUCUCUAUACAAUUACUGGUCUUUCAGAGUUAUGGAACAGAAGUAAGUGAGAGAAACUUUUUGUGUACUUAUAGAUUCAUUUAGGUGGCUGAGUAAAGAUGCUGCUUUUGAAAUAAAAUUGGUGCUCUGUAGACACUUGAAACCAAAAUUAUUUUUCUAACAGGCCCACAAGGAGGAGAGAAGAGACCAUGGACCUUUGAGUCUGCAAGUUAUGCAUAGUAGAUAAUCUAUAGCGUGUCUGUAUUUUAAUACGGACUUCACCCAGAUUGAGAGGGAGCAUACUGUUGACAUUUAUGAGGCAAAAUCCUGUCCUAGCCAGUAUUACAGAUACGUUGCUUUGGGCACAGUGUGUUGAACAUCGUUUUUAAAAUAGAAAUUCUUGUCAGUUAUGAAAAAGGAAAGGAUUAAUAAAAGAAGGCCAAAUUGAAAUCAAGGGCUCCUUUUGACGCGUGGCUGGGUAGCUGCUGAAGCCACAGUAGAAGUCAAUUUCUAAAUUUGAAUUGUUGAAAUAUCCUGGAUUGGUUUAAAAAAUAAUCCCAAGUCCUAUUUCUUUAUUGCUAAAAAUUUUUCUUGUUUUUGCAACCUAUCGUUAUAAGUACAUAAGAAAGUAGCAGAGAUCGUAGCCCCUUGUUUUUAAGACCUUUUGGUAAAAAUGAAGCCCAGAACAUAAGCUUGCCUGUGUGUUACAGAGCAGAGUGCUGUAAUGCCAGUUUGUUUGGUUUUUAAUGUUUACCUUAAAAAAGGAAAAAAGCAAAUGCAAUUCUAACCAGGCUUUUCAGCUGUGUUGCUAAGCCAGCAGUGUUAGGAUACUUGUUGCACAGAGUUGAUUUCCUCGUGAGGCACGCCGCUGACAGCUUUUACCAACGCACGUGGGAGUGUGGCUGUGAUACGGGAAUGCUAGGCUCCGGGGCAAGUAAAACAUGAAUUCAGAAUACUGGAGUGUUCUAAGCAGUGUCAUUUCUGUUUAUGACUUUGAUCUUUCCCUUCAUUUCAUGUUAGAUUGAAAAUGCAGACAAACUGCUUUCAACAACACCCAGAAGCUCUCUGUGUCGCCAGAUGUGUUAUGAACACUACUAUUUUCAUAGGUGCUUCCUUAAAAUGUAUGUCCAUUGUAGUGGCGGAGAGGGACUGGACUCUCUCAGGCUCUUACUUGCCAGUUGUCUCCUGCAGUUAAUGGAAAUAUAUAUUUUAUUUUAAAAUAUAAUUUAAACAUGAAGGUCUAUUCUUUGCACUUUUUAUUAACAUAUAUAUAGAUAAUCUUUAAAA